AAAAGCAUCUGCAGAUGGCGAUAUACACUUCACGAUCAGCUGUAAUUCGAGUCGUUACAAAUGAAACACAUCUAUCUAAACAUAUAUAUUGCGAUACCUAUGAUCGCGAAUUCGAUCUAUUAUUAACUCCUAUUGAGUACAAAGUAUUGCCUAUGAUAUUAAUUAAGUUUACAUUAAAAUUAUUUCCAAAAUCUAUAACAUAGAUGUAAAUAUGUAUAUGCAAAUUUUUUAAUCACUUAGAACAGAAAACAGAUAUACUUCACGUGAUGAACAUCUGUAGAUGCAUCCAAAUUAUAAGGAUAUCUUCGAUAAAACGUAUAUGAAAACAUUUAAGCAUGUUCGUGAUAGCUGGUAGAUGAAGAAAAACAUAGCUGACAAAACCUUUAUUAGAAUCUAUCCAAAUGAUCAAGCAUACGAAAAAUAAAAUUUGUCGUGCGGCAUAUUUAUUGACGAUAUAAUAUUUGUAAUUUUGUAUCUAAUAAAAAGAUUUUGUUUGCAAUGAUAAGAUGGACUUAGAUCCUGCAGAAAUGGUGAACGAGGUUAAAGAGAAAGUAAUAUUGCACUGGAACUGUCGAGGACUCACAGAGUUACCAGAAAUCAUACGAAAGUAUGGCAGCCACAUACAGGAGAUAUAUUUAAAAUGGAAUAAACUUACCACUUUACCCCCAUGGAUUAUAGAAUUAUUUAAUGUUACUAAUUUAUAUAUCUAUGGUAAUCUUAUUAAAGAACUUCCUAUAGAACUUGGCAAUAUGUCCCAAUUGACUGUAUUAGAUUUGAGUGCAAACAAAUUAAAAGAAAUACCAGCCUCUAUUGGUAAUCUAAUAAAUAUAGAAUCAUUGUUAUUUAAUGAUAAUUACAUAAAAAAAUUACCAAUGGAGCACUGCCCCUCAAUUUACAAAACAGAAAUGAGCCAACUUCAUAAUUUGGAAGUAUUAUCUCUUUCGGGAAAUGAAUUUGUAGCAUUACCAGAGUGGCUUGGUUCAUUACCAAAGCUUAAAGAGUUAAAUGCAGAUAACAAUUAUUUAAAGGAACUACCUAAUAGAUUGACAUUGGCUCCUAAAGUAUCAGUGAUUUCAGUGUGUUCAAACAGAUUAAAGUAUUUACCAUUAAAUGGUUUCUUAUCAUCUCCUUGCAUAAGAUUUGAUGCAAAUGAAUAUUUAAAUUAUUUAUCUUAUCCUGUCCUCAUCCAAUUGGCAUAUCAAAUUCACACGUCAGUCACUGGUGAUUCAGUGAAUAUCCUAGGCUAUAAAUGUUUCAAAUUGAAAUGCGAAGAUAAUCAAUCAUUGAAUGCAAAUAUCAAAUUAAAUAUAAAACUAGAUGCAUCAUGUAACAAAAGUAUAGUGAUUGAAUUACCAAGGCAAAUUCUAAGGGUUCACAAUGUUAAUGAAAACAAAACUGUCUCUUUGUGGGAACUUGCCCUUAGAAAAGUUUACAGACUAAAGUAUAAGCAUAUACUUAAUAUUUCUACAUCUCCUAUAAACGUUAAAAUUGUUUACAAACAACAUACUAAAAGAAAUUUUGAUUUUUUAAUGUCCUCUAUAAACUGUGCUUCAUAUAAUCUAUUGAUAAAUGGACCUGCCACUAUUUGUGUAAAUUCUCAUUGUCAACAACCAAUUUUCACGGAAGCUUGGAUUAUUGUUGGUAUUAUUCAUCAUAUAUAUUCGAUUCCAACUAUUGCUUUAUGUUGUUCUAGAAGCUGUGCUUUUAAAUUUAUGGCUAAUUCAAAUAUGGUGCUAAAUUUUCGUUGGUAUUGCAUAAAUUGAUGAUAUUUCUUUUAUAUAACUAGUCAAUUAUUCAUUCUUGUAUAUACAUUGUUACC